GAAAGCGACAGUGAAUCUUGUCGGUCUUGUUUUCACCAUUUCCAAAUAAGAAUAAUUACUGUACUGGUCCAAGUAUUGGUCUAGAUUUCAAACAGUUCUCUCGACUAGUUCAUUACUAUAUGCUCUAUUUUACGUAAACUUUAUUAUCUGCGUUAUUUUCUAUUUUAUUUAAAUCGAGAGAGCCGACCCGUUAAUGCAGUACUGUUAGUUGUUGUUUUUUUUUUUUUUAAACAUACUUACAAGUAGCAAUCGUUUGUGUUUGUUAGUAAUUUAAAUGCUUGAAUAGUGAUUAACUUGUAAUUGCCAGUGCAGGCGAACAUAAUGGCUUCUGAUGGAGAACAUUGUUGCUCGUGCUGCACCACUCCACUCUCUCCCGGUGUUUACCAGACAGUGAAUGAGAUGGAUUUUCAACGAGGUAUCUGGUCUGCCGCCAUUGAUGGAGACUUGAAGAGGGUCCAGUCAAUGAUCCAAAAAGGCAUCAAUGCAAACCUCAGGGACUCAGCUGGCUACACAGCUCUACACUAUGCAAGUCGCAACGGCCAUCUGACUGUAUCUGAGUUUCUCCUCGAGUAUGGUGCUUGUGUAUCUCCUCGGACGCCAGGUGGUGGCACUCCCCUCCAUCGGGCAGCAUUCUGUGGCCAUGUGGAUAUCGUAAGAUUGCUGCUGCGCCAUAAAGCUGAUCCAAUGGCCUCUGAUGAUGAUGGUGCCACGCCUCUACACAAGGCUGCAGAACAAGGUCACGAAAAAGUGUGUGUGCUUCUUCUUGAGGUCUGUCCCACACUUUGCAGCCAGAAGAACAAGAGGCUACAGUUGCCCUACCAUAUGGCCUCUCAGGAACAUUUACGGAAGCUCCUAAAACGAUUCCUGUAAUAACGCACAGUUGUUUUGUAUAGGCACGAUGGCCCAGCUGUAAAGCCUUGGCCUCAGUUUCAUGGACCUGCAUUCAAUCCCAGCCUCGCCUGUGUGGAGUUUGUGUGUUCUCCCGUGCCUGUGUGGAUUUUCUCCGGGUACUCCGGUCUCUUCCCACAUCCCAAAAGCAUGCAUUAAUUGGACACUCUAAAUUGCCCCUAGGUGUGAUUGUGAGUGUGACUGUUGUCUGUCUCCAUGUGCCCUCCGAUUGGGUGGCAACCAGUUCAGGGUGUACCCUUGCGUCCUGCCCGUUGACGCCUGGGAUAGGCUCCGGCACUCCCGCGACAGUCAUGAGGAUAGGCAGCUAAGAAAAUGGAUGGAUGGAUGAUUUCUACAUAACUUGUUUUAUAAAAUGUUCAUAGUUUAUCGAUCUACUUCAAUCUGUAAAUGAUAACCGUAAAUGAAAACAUUGAUUCUUAAUAUUGUUGACAUUGCACAAAAUAUUAUUACAUUUGAGCUGAUAAGAUUUGACUGAUUUGAAAUAAGACAAUAACAAAUGUUAAUAUUACAGUCAUGAGGAUAGGCAGCUAAGAAAAUGGAUGGAUGGAUGAUUUCUACAUAACUUGUUUUAUAAAAUGUUCAUAGUUUAUCGAUCUACUUCAAUCUGUAAAUGAUAACCGUAAAUGAAAACACUGAUUCUUAAUAUUGUUGACAUUGCACAAAAUAUUAUUACAUUUGAGCUGAUAAGAUUUGACUGAUUUGAAAUAAGACAAUAACAAAUGUUAACAUUAUCCUAAAUAUAGUUGUAAUUAUGUGCACCCAAAAAAAUGCUUUAAUUAAUCAAUUUUUUUAAUUUAAAGUGCAUAAGACCAUGGAUAUACUGGUCUAGUCCACUUGAGAUCAAAUGGGGGUGAAUGUGGCCAGUGAAAUAAAAUGAGUUUGACACCCAUGAUGGCGUAAAAGCACUACUGUGUUGUACACAGAAAUGUAUGGACAUAAUUCAAUGUAAAAAGUUUCUUUCGGCGUCGCCACAGUGUAUGGCACAAUUUUUUUUAUUUUUAUUAUUUAUUUGUUUGUUUUUAACACCAGAUGCCCUUCCUGACGCAACCUUUCUAAGGGAGUGGAGAACCCAGUGGGAUACGAACCCACAACCCCUGGUUUACCAAACCAAUGCUCUAACCACCGAGAUACGGGCCCUCUGAUAUGAUUAAAUGUACGUUUAAGGAAAAGGGAAAAAGACACAAGAGGGCGCUGAUUCCCAUAAAAUGGUCCACAGAAGCAUCAAAAGAGCUUUACAGUAUGUUGCUCUUGGGCUGUGCCAGGAACACAUACACUCAUACUCACGAGGACUUAGUUGUCACAAUCAAACGCAAAGAGUGCUCACAAGAUCAGUCAGCAUUAGUUUCACACCAAACACAGUGUCCCCUGUCUUGAAAGUAAUCCCAAAGAAUGAGAUAAGCAAAAUGGUAAUUAUCUGACGACUAACUGUGAAAUGUAAAGUACUUUUUAUUUCUGAGUCAUAGGAACAUCUUCUCUACAACAUGCAAACACUCUUCAAUCAGCAGGAAUAAAGAUUAUGCUUUAAAAAAAUGUUUUAGAAAGACUUCAGUGGUUUAAUAUGUAAACUGUUUCAGGUUUGUUUUGCUUUGCUGUUGUUCGAUGUUAAUCGGAGGGCUUGUUCCAAAGUUAUUUGAGCAAUUAUCCCUCAAGAUUGAUGUCAUAUCACUCGAAUGUACAGUUCAUUUACACUGAGAGGGAACUCAAAUGUUAGUUAACAAAAUUAUGGGCGGUGCCUUAUGCAGUUAGGGACUGCUAUUUCCUGAAAAGCCACUGUUUCUAUGGUUUAUUUUCCUUUGUGAGUGGGUUCAAAGUAUUAGAUUUUGCCAUGCUUUUAACAACUCCAGUGUGGAGGUUUCUUUCAGCUUGUCCCUUUCGGGGUCGCCACAGCGUGUCAUCUGAGAUGAACGCACAUAUAUGUUCGGCACAAUUUUUACACUGGAUGCCCUUCCUGACGCAACCCUUCUCAGGGAG